AGCGUGGCAUUAAACUGCCACGCGCGAGUAUGAAGCAGUAGAGAAUCAGAUCUCGUGUCCGAAACACUUGACAAUGUUAAUCGACGGCCAAUAAAAAUCCAAGAAAGUACAAUAACUGAUCUAUCAACAAACAUAAUAAAUUUAAUUUGCAAUUAAAUUUUAUCAUGGAAGUUUGGACGCUAUUGGGAAUACUCCUGGUGACUCUGCUGCUCUACUACUGCUUCUCCAGCCGGAGUGAUUACUUUCGUAAAUAUGGUAUACCCCACAUGAAACCACUGCCCAUCUUCGGCAACAUGGGCCCAACAGCAUUGCGACGAUUAUCGAUCUUCGAUCUCAUCCAAAAACUUUACUAUUUCGACCCGAGCGCCAAGUACGUGGGCUUCUUCGACUUCCAGACCCCAGUGGUGAUGCUACGUGACCGUGAACUCAUUAAAACUAUCACCGUCAAGGGCUUCGAUCACUUCGUCAAUCACCGUGAUUUCAUCACCUCGGAUUUGGAUCCCCUCUUCGGCAACCUUCUCUUCACAAUGCGCGACGAUAAGUGGCGGAAGAUCAGGGCAGUGAUGACCCCGGCAUUCACAUCCAGCAAGAUGAAGGGGACGUACAAACUUGUCGCUGAUUGUGCUGCCAAUUACGCCAGCUAUUUCGCCGAACAAUCGCGAGAAAAACCGAUGGAAUUCAACACCAAAGACGCAUUUACACGAUACACCAAUGAUGUCAUUGGUACAUUUGCAUUCGGAGUCACAAUUGAUUCGAUAAGAAAUCGAGACAAUGAUUUUUACGUUUUUGGAAGAAAAUCCACGAGCUUCGAGGGAGUCGGGGCCUGGAGAUUGGCAUUGAUGCGGUUAGUUCCGACUUUUUGUAAAUUAUUUAAUAUUAAAUUCGUCACUGACGAUGCGGUUGAGUUUUUCACGAAUCUGGUGAAAGAGACCAUCGCUAUGAGGGAUGAAAAGGGACUAUCGAGACCAGAUAUGAUCCAACUGAUGAUGGAAACGAGGAAUAAUAAGGAGGGAGAGGGACCCAAACUGUCGCUCGUGGAGAUGACGUCGCAGGCGUACGGAUUCUUCUUCGGGGGCUUCGACACUUCCUCGACGCUCAUGUGCUUCGUAGCACAGGAGAUAGCGGAGAAAGCAGACGUCCAGGAGAAGCUCCAGGCAGAAGUGGAUCAGCUGUUCGAGGAGUACGAGGGAGACCCACCUUAUGAGGCUGUUAAUAAUAUGGUUUAUCUUGAUGCCGUGAUCAAUGAGACCCUUCGGAUGUAUCCGGUUGGUCCAUUCCUCGACAGAGUUUGUACUUCGGAGUUUGAACUACCUUCAGCUGUACCCGGGGCACAACCGCUCGUCAUGAGACCCGGUGAUGUCGUGUGGAUUCCGGUUUACAGUCUGCAGAGGGAUCCGGACUAUUUUCCGAAUCCUGAUGUCUUCGAUCCUGAACGAUUUAUUAAGAAUGACAAGUCGUUUGGACACUCGACUCAUUCUCUGACCUUUGGACAGGGCCCUAGAAUGUGCAUUGGGAACAGGUUUGCUCUUCUGGAGACCAAGAUAUUGUUUGUUCAUCUUCUCCGGAAGUGCUCACUCAAACCCGGGAAGAAGAUGAUCACUCCAUUGAGGGUCAGCAAGAGGAGCUUUGUUAUGACAGCGGAGGGGGGAUUCUGGGUGGAAUUUCAACCGAGAAAUCACCAGACUUCGUCGUAGUUUCGAUAUCUUCUGAUAUAUUUGAUUAAUUAUUGAUGGAACUGGCCAUGUGGCAGGUUCAACUAUCAAAAUGAUCCAUCUCGCCGGGAAAAUUGAAUGAACAAACUUGAAGAACUUAUACACAGAGUUCUCUUUUUAUUGUUUCUGUAUCUAUU